GAAGUAAGCAAACAAUUAUAAUUACUUUUCCAAGGGCAAGGGCAUGUUUCUUUCCUAUUUUUCCACCAUCGACAGUCAGAAAUAUUCGGAUAUCUGUGAGGAUGAAUCUAGGAUACAUUAAGAUAUUCUUUUUACUAGUCGCUAGUCGUAUACAGCUGAGUUUUGGAGAUCAUGAUAAGGCUAAUGAGGACAAAGCAUUAUGGGGAAUUCAACAAGAAAACCAACGGAUACUGAGGCAAAAUAUAAGAUUCCGUAAGGUAUUCGCGGAAAUGCUGAGUGUCUGCCAGUCGCUUUCAGUGAAGACCUGCAAAUGUGAAAAGGACAGUUCAAAUGAAGAGCACGCCUCGUUAUCCCUUGUGUCGAUUGAAUCGUCAGGCAGCGAUGACAACAUCACCACAACAAAUGUAACAGUCACUUACCUGGCCCCGAAGGACCAUACACUUUUCUUCGUAGUAUUGUUUUCUACAUCUGCUAUAUGGCAGACAGGUGGACAAGAACGGGAGACUUCAGAUGAUAUUGUCAAUCAAUAUGCAAGGACUUUGGUGUUGUCUCGUGAUGAAAUUAAAGAUAUUGUUCACAUUGAAACCAGCAUCACAGGCCACGGUGAACAAUACAAAUUGAUUCUUGACGUUGAAAGUAUCAAAUACAAACAUAUUGACCACUUCGCUGAUGUGCAACCCUUCGUGGUAGACUUACAGUACAGUAAUUUUCAUUUGGCCGAAGAGGGCUUGAAUGUGACAGGACUUAUACGCGCGGAUUGGAAUAAGUACGAGAGAAGUAUAGAUUUGACUGAGUUGUGGUGGUCUGGGUAUGAUUUGUCAUCAACACCACCAUCUGUUGUUGAAUUUGUGCAUCCGUCUUUUGAUAAGCAGGGAAACAGUAUGUUGAAAAUCGCAUUCUCGUUUGUAGAUGAUAGCGUUAUGCAAUUUAAUGCUGUCAUUGAUAAAGAAGUGUCUAAGUACGGGGGUUAUUUCGCUGUUCGUUUGACAUAUAAACAGAGCUCCUAUUUGAUAAAACAUUUCUAUGUUGGAAAAGACCAUAUAUUAGAACCAAGAAUGACAGAAAUACCCGACAACCUACUGGCCCUUUCCCCUCUUCCAAAGGAUGUCUUUAUAUGGAGCCAAAAGUAUUCGUUUCAAUGUUUAGCCAAUGGAAAUCCUACUCCAGAAGUAUCGAUUGUACGAGUGACGAAAGACGGAAAGGAAAAGAAAGUAAAGACUGAGAGUUUUGUGUUUGAUAAAAUGACAAGGCAAGAGACUGUUACAUUUGAAGAAGGCAAUCAGAAACCUGGGACAUAUAUAUGCAGAGCAACCAAUGGGAAAACAGUCAUUAAUGCGACGACUGAGGUUACGUUUUUUAAACACGCAACUUUUGAAUACGAGAGGACAGGAGUCAUAAAAAACUCGAGUAAGGAAAUAAGAGUUUCUUGCAAAGCAUCAGGGAACCCACGACCAACACUGAACUUUCUUCUUUACGAAAAAACCGGGCCAGCUCUGCUGCCUCCAGAUUUUAUGGUUGCAACAACGAGGAAAAGUGAAGGCGUGACCCGCAAAGUAUUAACACUCACUGUCGAGGAGAGCAAGAAACUGCAUACUCUUGUUUGUGCAGCGGAGCAGAAUUUGACAAACGCAAGAAAUGAUGCGAUUGCUUUGACUACCAUUUAUUUGUAUCCUGGGAUGUCGCUCGACAUGGAUUGGCAGUUUUAUAACAGACUUGCAGCGACGGGCACUAACUAUACAACAGACUUGCCGUAGCGUUCUUGUGUAGUUAGUAGUCUUUAAGAUUGAAACUAUGCUUGUUUAUAUCGUUAGUCAUAUGUGCGGCGAUUAGCAUAAUUGGAUCAUCUAGUUAAUAGUUGAAGUUGUCAGUUUUAGGCAUGAUUUUAAAUAUGCUGUACAUAACAUAUGAUGAAUUUAACGGUAAAUAAAUGUCAACGUAUA